AUGGCACGAGCAAGCCUGCUGUGGCUUCUGGUGGUCGGGGUCACCGUCGUCGCUGCCACUGGUGAACCAGGCAUCACCACGAACGAUGGAGCCAUGAUCAUUGAGGCCGAUGCCGUGACCGUCACCACUCCCAAUGGCGACUACACCAUUGGUCAUGCCGAUGCUCAGGCCGAAGCGGCUCACGAACGCAUCGAUGCCGUCAACGCUUCGCUGAAACGGGCCGAGCAAGUCGCCGAGGAAAGCAACCUUCGGCUAGAGGCCACUAGGGCCGACCUUCAAAAGGUCAACGCCUCCGCUCUUGCCAAUUCAGCCGUCAAUGGCCAAUUGGCCAGUUCCGUUGAUGCCCUCAACGCCUCCCUAGAAGCCCUGGUGCACUCCGCCGGCACGACCAGCCAGGCUCUGUCCGAUCGUCUUGACGCUGUCAACGCGUCGCUAAAGCGGGCCGAGGAGACCGCCGAGGAACGCAACCUUCGGCUCGAGGCCAUCAUGGCCGACCUUCAAGAGGUCAACGCCUCCUCCCUUGCCAAUUCAGCCGUCAAUGGCCAGCUGGCCAGUUCCGUUGAUGCCCUCAACACCUCGCUGGAAGCCCUUGUCCACUCCGCUGCCAUGACCAAUCAGACCCUGUCCAAUCGCCUCGAUGCCGUCAACGCAGAUAUUCACGCCCUUACCAACGCCGACAGCAGGUCCAUCGAUGGUAUCAUCUUCUAUUGCUACAACAACGUACCAGCGCCAGCAACGGCCUACGGCGUGGCCAAUCGUCUCGAGAACGAGUACUUUACACGCACGCUUUGUCAUGUCCCAGCUGGCUACGACUCUUCAAGUGACACCCAUGACUACACUUUCACCGCAAGCGAUUGCCGCGGCGUCUACCCGACCGGCGACUGUGACGGCUUUUUGGUCAGAGCAAGUCAAUCUGGCUCAGAUCAAGACUUUCAAGUAUGGUACCGCGCCCGAUAG